UUGGCAUCGUAGGCGCAAAAUUUUAGCGCCAACUUUUGCUCCAAGAUAUGUAAGCAAAUAUGUAACAGUUUUUGAGACACAUGCUAAGAUUGUAGUUAAAAAACUCGCAUCUAAAGUUGGAAAAGGAAAUAUCUCAUGUUGGGAUUAUAUCAGCCGUUAUGCAUUGGAUUCGAUUUGUGAGACAGCGUUUGGUGUGAACGUUGAUGUGCAGCGGCAACCUGAUCAUCCAUUCUUCAAUGCUUUCGUAGAAAACUUAAAAAAUAUCGCUGCUCGCUUAUGUCAACCUUGGUUACAUGUUGAUGCUCUUUACAAAUUAUUGCCUGUGUAUAUAAGACAAGAGCAUACGAAGAAAAUAAUAUAUGACUUCGUGAAUGACCUUAUUUGUAAAAAGAAAGCACUGAUUGAAGAAAGAGAUGGAAUUGAAGCGGAAGUUGAUAACCAUAAAAUCAAAGUUGAUGUUAAAUCAUUCUUAGAGUUAAUGAUAGAGAGUUCUAAGAAUAUUGAUAAAGCAUAUACACUCGAAGAAUUACGGGAAGAAAUACUUGUACUUGCGUUGGCGGGUACUGAUACAUCAACAGUAGGAAUUUGCUUCACAAUUUUAUUAUUGUCCCAAUAUUCAGAUGUUCAAGAAAGAGUAUACAAAGAAAUUCAAGAAUUUUUAAGUAAUUCAGAAAAGUCUCUUCAGGUGGAAGAUCUGUUAAAAUUAAAAUAUAUGAAAGCGGUUAUAAACGAAACACUGCGACUUUAUCCACCUGUUCCCUUUAUUGCAAGAUAUUGUAAGCAAGAUUUAAAACUACCUACGGGUAUAAUUUUACCAGAAGGUAGUAACGUAGCUAUCAGCAUCUGGGGCAUACACCACAAUCCUCAGCACUGGGGAGAAGCUGUGAAUGAUUUUAAUCCUGAUCGUUUUGUGUCUGGAAAAAUACCAAAAGCUUUUAUGCCAUUCAGUCAUGGCCCGCGGAACUGUGUUGGGCAUCAGUAUGCGAUGCUAUCAAUAACUACAACCUUGGUAACACUCCUGCGACAGUACCGCUUCACUCCAGCUACAAAUUUCACAUACGACAAAAAUAAUCCACUUCGACUUUCCUUUGACCUUAUGAUGAAGCAUGUUGAUGGUUUUUCAGUUCAAGUAGAACAUCGCCAAUAA